CAAUCAUGAGUUCGUCUAGGUGGACAGAAAAUAGGGAAGUAAAUAAAGAAAUCCAAAAGCUAAAACUUCAACAGCAAGAGCAAAAUUUGGUUACUUAUUUCAGUUCUUCAUCAGAACGAUCAGAUUCCGGAACAAGUGCUGAAGAAAAUCGAAGCGAAAGUUCAGACAAUGAUUUAUAUAGUGGAACAUCCGACAGAAAUUUAACAGAUGAAAGUUUAAGAAUGACGACAGAAAAUUUACUACUUCACCAGGACAUUUGUGCUAGGGGACAAUUGAUUGAAUUUGAAUCUUCAGCCUCAGAUAGAGAUAACAGAUCUGCGGUAUCUGCGGCACAUUUUGACAACUCCUUACAUAAUAAUGACACAUCAUCUUUAUACACAACAACCACAGAUUCUGCUGCAAUUUAUUACAACACAAGUACCGAUAGUAGCUACAGCGAUGAAAUUUUAAACAACUUUGAUGAUAUUGCAAAUGAAAAUCCAAUUGAGGAAGCUUUUAACGGACUAACCAUUACGGAGCGUAUCGCACAGAUAAAAAUCAAGACUAAUUGUUCUCUAACAACUAUCGCUGAAAUUUCAAAUCUCUUACGCGACUUGGGGCAUAACAUACCUAAGGAUCCAAGAACCAUUAUGAAGACGAAAGUUUGCGACUUAACGAAGUUAAAUAACGGUGUCCAAUGCAACAGCAACUCAUUCGUCCACCUUGGAUUAAUUGAAGGGAUAAGGAAAAAAUUGAUGAACGCCGACAAAAAGCUGAUGAUGCUUAUUCUUCAAUUUAAUAUUGAUGGUUUACCGCUCUGGAGGAGUAGCCGCACGCAAUUCUGGCCAAUUGUUUGUCGCAUUAUUAAUUGUCAAGAUAGUAGUGAAUUUCUCGUCACUUUACACUGUGGAGUUGGAAAACCGCUAAGCGUCAGAUCAUAUCUUCGGCCUUUUUUGGACGAAUUAAAAGCGCUUUUAAACGACGGAUUACUUCACUUUGGGCAAAAAUUUGACAUUCGAAUUGGCGCUUUCUGUUGUGACGCACCAGCUCGCGCAUUAAUCAAGCAAAUCAUUGGACACACGGGAUAUUGCGCAUGUGAACGAUGCGAAACACAUGGAAUGAGAUCUGAUAAUAGAACGACGUUUCCACAACUAACGGCAGCUUUAAGAACUGAUGAGUCUUUUAGAGCUGGUUCUGAUGAACAUCAUCAUAAUUCCAUUAGCCCUCUUGAAGAAAUCGAUAAUUUAGACAUGGUGUUUGACAUACCGUUGGAUUAUCUUCACCUGGUUUGUUUUGGAGCCAUGAAACGCCUUCUGAAAAUGAUUUGGUUGGAACAACACCCCGAUUGCGUGAGUAAGCAACAACAACGAUUGAUAAAUGAAUUAAUCAGAUUAUGUGCCAUGCAACUACCAAAGGAAUUCAAUCGAAAAGGUCGAUCGCUUGAGGAUAUAAGUAACUGGAAAGCCACAGAAUUUAGGACGUUUCUUCUCUACACUGGAAAACUCAAAAGGCUUCUUAGAAAUUCAAGACUUCCUCUCAAGCAAAUUGUGCGAAGGUUAUCAGAAAUCGAUGCUAUGCAAAGUGCGAUGAAGAGAACUGGAUUAAAUGAGCGUUGCGGAAAAUCGAAAUCAUAUGAUACAUUCGCUACUAUCAUUCCACAGUCUAAAAAUGAUUCCUAUAUUAUCGUUCCAAGGGCUAGGCAUCCAAUAGUUAUUAAAGUUACAGCUAUGGAUUCAUUAUAUGUUACAGGUUACGCUCUUAGAAUAGAAAAAAGGCGUGAUGGUAACUUUGAAGAGUUCUACUCGCACCCAGCUAAAGCAUCUGAAUUAAAUGUAUAUAAAGUGCGCGGCUUAAUAAGGCAGAAAAAAUGGAAUAAAAAUGAAAUUAAGAAUGCUAUAAAAGCUGUUUUUCUAAGAAAUAAUGUUAUGCGCGAUUAUGGUUUAGUGAUUCCACUACUACAUUUGUCAUCACAGUAA